AUGGAAAGCUUUUCUACAAAUUCUUCAAAUGACUCCUAAAGUGAAAUUCUCAACCCUGAAUUCAUAGAUACUACUGUUUCAACUAAGGCAAAAACUGUUUUCACUUACAAGCCACCUUAAUUGGUAAAUUAAAAGUCUGUAAAAGAACUUAUCAUUCACUCUCAUGUCUUCAAGAACAUAAUUGGUUACUUAAAGCCUUACGAAAAGGUAAAGGUGAGAGCUCUGAACAGAAGAAUCUGUUAUGAACAUGUUUCAUGCUUCAUGAAUGCACUCAACAUCAACUAGUAUUAAAAAAUCUAGAUUGAAUAACUUGAGGAAUUCUUCUAAAGAAGAUCCCACACAAAUCUUAGAGUCAUCCAUGUAUCCUUUACCAGAGAUAAUUUGGAAUAUGCUUCAUCGGUACUAGCUAAAACUUUCGAGUUGCUAGGGAAUUAAAUUGAGGAGGUCCAUUUAUUUAGUUAGAAAAAAGCAGUUCUUAAGGCGGAACAAUGUGAAUUAAUUGCUGAACAGUUUGCUACACUUGACAAUCUCAAACUCUUGUUUCUUGAAGGAAACUUCUAAGAUAAUAUUUUCCGUGGAAUCAUUAAUCACAGAAAGAAGCCAUUUGAGUAACUGAAAACUAUGAUCUAAAAAGGUGAAAACAUUAAGAAAGCUACUGCAAUUGAAUUCUACGAUUUAUUCCCAAAUCUAGAGAUAUUUGAAACUGAAAGGAGAAAUCUUAAUGUCUAUCCCCAUUUCAUUAAUAGCAAAAUCAAGCUUAGAAGCCUCAAAAUUACCUUACCAGUUCAAUAACUAGUCCCUCAUCUUAUAAGAUACCUUCAUUUUGCAGCUGACAGUUUAGAGGAAUUAGAAAUUGCAAAAUUGACUAAUGAACCCAUUUUCAAAGAAUUAUUGACCUAGCAAAAAUACCCUUUCACAAAGCUUAGAAAGCUUAGAAUGCUAAAUAUGGAAGAAAUCGUACUUAAAGAUUUCCUCUGGAACAAUGAUGAAAUAUUACUGAGCUAAUUCGAUUUUCAAAGUAAUAAUUGUACUCCCUAUUAGGAGAAAAGUCAAUAGUACUAUAGAGAGUAUCUCAGAAGGAUUCAAACAGGUUUCCUAGAGGUAUUCCAUCAUGACAUUGUUGGACCCUAUGAUUAUCAAGAACGUAAUAUUGCAGAAGUUUCCAAUGUUAUAAGGACUAAUAUUAGAACUUUAAGGGUAUUAAAGUUUUACAAUCACUUUAUUAAUCCAAAUGAUGCAGAUAUGAUUUAAACUUGGAUGGAAGCUAUCGACAGUUCAAUAAGUAAAAUCGAAAGAAUCGUUAUAUUGAACGGAUUCUCGCCAUUGUAGAAAAUUUACCCCUCCCUAGAUCUCAUUGCAGAAAUUGCUAAAAAUCAAGGAAGUCAAAUCAUUAUUGAAUUUUCGUUCGAUCCUGGUCAGGAGAUAUUAGAUAGAUAUAAGUAAAAGCCAUUAACUCUUAGAAAAUGCUAGAUCCCUCUUGAAGGAAAAGGUUUUGUAGUUUGA